ACAUCUAUGCUAUAUACACCUGUAUGUCCCUGGCUUGGAUGAAUCCAGUCAUCCUCCCUCCCUGCCUUUGUUCAGGGCCACUGCGUCUCGGAGGACCAGUCUGCCUGAACGCCGACGCUCGCAACAAAUAUCCACAGGGGACAGUAUAUCAUCCUAUAUAAACAGGCUAAUGGUCUUGAAAGGUACUUCAGCACUUCCCUAUACGUACCCGGUGUCAAGCCUUCAAAAGGGAAUCAAGAAUAUCUUGACUUGAAGACCGCAUUCGGGAAACAUGAUACAUGUAGACGCCAUUACUCAAAAUGGCACCUCGUCAGAAUUAUCUUCUUCCUUGAUCUUUUCGGGCUUGCAAAAUCUCCGGCAACUGGCUUUGCCGCUACAUAUCACUACAGUCUUAACACUCUUUUCAGCAGUUUGGAUAGGGUACCACUUUUUCUUUCACCCACUACGGAACGUCCCUGCACCCUUCAGCGUCAAGCUUGGACUUGGGCACUUCAGAGCAUGGCAUGCCUGGAAGCGAGAUUACGUAUGGGCACUCUCAGACUUGCACGAACGCUACGGUCCGACCGUCCGCAUCUCGCCAUGGCACAUCAGCACCAUCAGUCAGGAAGCUGUCUCCCAAAUCUACGCCCAUGGCUCCAAGUUCCACAAAUCCUCUUUUUACACAGCAUUUGAAGCUAUACCAGGCCAGCCGAGCCUGUUCAGCGAUAUCGAUCCGCACUCGCAUGUAGAACGGCGGCGCAGCAUUGCCAGUGCUUAUAGCAUGAAUCAUUUGCUCAGCCUUGAGGAAUACGUCAGGCCCUGCGUAGACAAGCUCGUCGAAAAGAUCAAUAGCAUUAUUUCCAAACAUUCCAAAUUUAAUGCCAGCGCGAAUACCACUCCGAGCGGCCGGAUCCAAAUCGAUAAAUGGGCUCACUUCUUUGCAUUUGACGCAGUUGGCGAGCUAGCUUUUGGACAGUCCUUCAACCUCCUCGAGCACGCUUCUGAUCCAAGCCAGUUCAUGCUCGGCGUCGCGAAUCUUUCGCAUUUCGGCGCCGUGAGCGGCUCUCUUCCGGGGAUGAUGUUCAUGCGCAGGUGGUUUCGCAUUGACAUGUACACGAUCUACAGCCGCUUACAAGCGUACUUCCGGAAAGAGCCAUUCGGAGGACAGGUUGUCAGGCAAGAGGCGGAAAGGCGCGUGCAGGAGCGCUUUGACACCGUCAAGUUUGGCCCUUCGUCUAUCGAAACCACAGAGAUGCGGCCAGACCUGCUUUCGAGGUUCAUGGCCGCCAAACAUAGCACAAUGGACACGCAGCGUGCCAAACAACCAUUCGAUUUCUUCGACGUGCUCCGCAUGUCUCUCUCCAUCGUCGGCGCAGCGAGUGACACGACAAGCAGUUUCGUCACUUCCUUUUUCGUCCUCCUUCUGCGGCAUCCGUACAUUUAUGAGCGGUUGCAGCAAGAGAUCGACGAAUCUUUUGAGGAAGGGAGAUUAGAGCGUGAAAAUAUCACCUAUGCGCAGAGCGUCAAACUCGAUUAUCUACAGGCUUGCAUCAAAGAGACAUUAAGAAUAGCUCCACCCAUUAGCAUGAGCCUUCCUCGAAUCGUACCACCACAGGGGAUGACUAUCAACGGCACUCACAUUGUAGGUGGAGCUACGAUCGGCACAGCUCCGUACAUCUUUCAUAGGAGUCCAGACGCUUGGGGGCCCGAUGCAGCCAUUUACAAGCCUGAACGAUGGCUCAACCUCGAAGACAAGGAGCGCGGCCGCCUCGAGCGCCAUUUCCUGAGCUUUGGCGCUGGUUCGCGCAUUUGCAUUGGCAAAAAUAUCUCCCUCAUGGAGAUCUCAAUACUCCUCCCGACGUUAUUGGCAAGCUUUCGCUUUAGCUUCACCGAUGGCACAAAGCAGAAUGUCAGAGACAUUUUCAGAACUGCGGACGCCAAGCGUAGAAGCGACACAUGGACUGGAGAAUACGAAAGCACAUGGUUCCUGGACGCCCGUGACGUCUGGCUCACGGUCACCAAGCGGUGA